AUGUCUGCACCUAUCACUAGAAGUGAAAUUUUAAAGUUAUAUAAACAUUUAAUGUCGUAUUCAAAAUCUUUGAGGUUUACUGAUGUAGAAUAUUACAAAAAAAGAGUAAGUGCUGAAUUUCGACAGAACAAGACCUUAAGUAAUCCAGAGGAUAUUGAUUUUGCAUACAAGAAAGGUGAGGCCUUAUUGAGAAGAGGAUCAAUUUUUGUCAGAGGCGGAGGGCCCGGUGGUUCUGCUGUCAAUAAAAACGCUAAUUGCGUUGUAUUAACACAUGUACCUUCAGGUGUAGUGGUUAAAUGUCAUUUGAGUAGAUCUCAAGAUGACAACAGGAAAAUGGCCCGCGAAAUGCUUGUGGCAAAGUUAGAUGAGAUGAUGAAUGGGGAAGAGAGUAUCAACGCUCAGAAGAAGAGAUUAGAAGAGAAUAAGUUGAAAAAGUCGGAUUACAAGAAGAAAAAACGAGCUAAAUUAAAGGAAGAAUGGAAGAAACGUGAGGGGUUAUAG